AUGCAAGAACCCGCGAGUACGUCUCCGCCCUCGUCGUCCCACUCGCACCGACGACCCUGGCAGACACACUCCAAUCGCACGCCAUCGCAUCCUCAACCGCUGGAGUCAUCGUCCGUCGCCAGAGCGCCAUCACGCGUGUCGGCGUCGGCGACGGCGUCUUCAGCGCGCUCGACGAAAUGGUGGCGCAUUCGGUUCUUCCGCGGCAUGGUGAACGAUAUCAAGCGACGAGCGCCGUACUACUGGAGCGAUUGGACCGAUGCGUGGGAUUAUCGCGUCGUCCCCGCGACGGUCUACAUGUAUUUUGCCAAUAUCUUGCCUGCGCUGGCUUUCUCUCUCGAUAUGUUCGAGAAGACUAAUCAGAGUUACGGGGUCAAUGAAGUGCUGCUGGCGUCGGUCCUCGGUGCGGUGGUCUUCUCGCUCUUUGCGGCGCAGCCGUUGGUGAUCGUAGGCGUGACCGGUCCUAUCACGGUGUUUAACUACACGGUUUAUGAUAUUAUUUCGCCGCGCGGGACGCCAUAUCUCGCCUUUAUGUGUUGGAUUGGAAUUUGGUCACUGAUCAUGCACUGGAUUCUGGCUAUCACCAAUGCUUGCAACGGCCUGACCUAUGUCACUCGGUUCUCCUGCGACAUCUUUGGGUUCUACGUGGCCUUCGUCUACCUCCAGAAAGGGAUCCAGGUGCUCACCCGGCAGUGGGAGGGCGCCGGAGAGACGUCCGCGUACCUGAGUAUCAUGGUUGCCCUGUUGGUGCUCAUGAGCGGCUGGAUCUGCGGCGAACUCGGGAAUAGCAGCCUUUGGCAGCGAUACGUGCGGAAGUUCCUCGAGGAUUACGGCACGCCCUUGACCAUUGUCUUCUUCACUGGAUUCGUCCAUAUUGGCCACAUGAAAGAUGUCGAAGUGGCGACCCUGCCCACCAGCAAGGCCUUCUUCCCCACGAUGGAUCGUGACUGGCUGGUGCAUUUCUGGGAUAUCGACGUGGGGGACAUCUUUCUCGCGAUCCCGUUCGCUCUGCUGCUUACCAUCCUCUUCUACUUUGACCACAAUGUGUCGUCUCUUAUCGCCCAGGGGACUGAGUUCCCGCUGCGGAAACCAGCGGGAUUCCACUGGGAUCUCUGGCUCCUCGGCCUCACCACCUUUGUCGCUGGGCUGUUGGGAAUCCCCUUCCCGAACGGUCUCAUCCCCCAGGCCCCCUUCCACACCGCCGCGCUCUGCGUCACUCGCGAUGUCGCCGACGAGGACGACACCAACAAGGGCAAGGCCGUCCGGAUCACCGACCACGUCGUCGAACAGCGAGUCAGUAACUUCGCGCAGGGCCUGCUCACUCUCGGCACGAUGACGGGGCCGCUCCUGAUUGUCCUCCACCUAAUCCCUCAGGGCGUCAUGGCGGGGCUCUUCUUCAUCAUGGGCGUCCAGGCGCUCCAGGGCAAUGGCAUCACGCAGAAACUCCUCUUCCUCGCGCAGGACCGCAACUUCACCCCGGCGUCCAACCCGCUCAAGCGGGUGAAACGGCGCAGCGCCGUCUGGGCGUUCGUCAUCCUGGAGCUUAUCGGCUUCGGCGGCACUUUCGCCAUAACCCAGACCAUUGCCGCUAUCGGCUUUCCCGUCAUCAUUCUGCUUCUCAUUCCCGUCCGCGCGUUCCUCAUGCCUCGUUGGUUCACUCCUGAGGAGCUUGCGGCUCUGGAUGCGCCCACCGCCAGUCCGUUCACGAUGGAGAGUGUGGGCGGGGCGCAUGGUAUUGAUGAUCGCGUCGCGUCUAUCUCUGUUCCUAACGACGGAACUCGCAGCCCGUCUAAAACUACUGGCGAUAAUGCGCUUAUGAUGGGUCGUGCUGAGAGCUCGUCCGAGUCGCCAGUGGAGGAUGAUCUGGAACGGGGAGAAGCGUAUGAACUCCAGACCCGGUCGGGGGUUCGACGACGGAGCACGACCAGUCGAGUGGAUUGA